AGCCCAGCUGCUUCAGAUUUGGAAAAGGGGCGGGAUCGGGAGACAAGUAGCACCUCCCAUGCUCAGAGCAGUGGUGGGCUUAAGAGUUGAGGUGGGGCAGGCGGUGUUUGGCAGGAAGGGGAGGCUUCUCUCCUGGCAGGAAGCUGCGCUACGGAAAAAGGGAGGAGACUACUGCACCAGUAGCGGCUGGUGGGAUCCCGAUGUCGCAGAGGGGCAGCCGCCACCAAGAAAGAGGCGGAGGGCCUCAGAACAGAGUGCUGAAGACACCGCCGCCAUCCUCCUCUCCUACUCCUCCGCCCUUCUGAAAGAGCUCCUCGACUAAGGAUCCUCCCCUCCCAGCUGUUGCAAGCACCCAGCUCAUCGCCUGCCUAUCCUGCUUGCAAACAGACUCACUGUAAAGGAAGCUGCGAGGUGUCCAAUUUGCACACGUGAAGCCUGAGAUCCCGGCGGUGGACGCCAGGAAAGGAAAGGCCAUUGCAGACAUGAAAACCCCCAACUCACAGGAGGCCGAAGGGCAGCAAACCAGGGCUGUUGCAGGAAAGGCCACUGGGUCUGCAAACAUGAUGAAGAAAAAAGCCUCCCAAAAGAAGCAGAGAGGCAGACAUUCGUCCCAGCCCCGCAGGAACAUUGUGGGCUGCAGAAUUUCACAUGGAUGGAAGGAAGGUGAUGAACCCAUCACACAGUGGAAAGGAACUGUUCUGGAUCAGGUGCCUAUAAAUCCUUCUCUUUAUCUGGUGAAAUAUGAUGGAAUUGACUGUGUCUAUGGACUGGAACUUCACAGAGAUGAAAGAGUUUUGUCUCUUAAAAUUCUUUCUGACAGGGUGGCAUCAACUCAAGUCAGUGAUGCAAACCUUGCAAAUACCAUAAUUGGUAAAGCUGUGGAACAUAUGUUUGAGGAUGAGCAUGGUUCUAAGGAUGAAUGGAGAGGAAUGGUCUUAGCCCAAGCACCAAUCAUGAAAGCCUGGUUUUAUAUUACCUAUGAGAAAGACCCUGUCUUGUACAUGUACCAACUUCUAGAUGAUUAUAAAGAAGGAGACCUCCGUAUCAUGCCAGAGUCCAAUGAGUCUCCUCUCGCAGAAAGGGAGCCAGGAGGAGUUGUAGAUGGUCUGAUAGGUAAACAUGUGGAAUAUACCAAAGAAGAUGGCUCCAAACGGAUCGGAAUGGUCAUUCACCAAGUGGAAGCCAAACCCUCUGUGUAUUUCAUCAAGUUUGAUGAUGAUUUCCAUAUCUAUGUCUAUGAUUUGGUGAAAAAGUCCUAACUGUCAGGAUAAACUUUGCCACAUUUGUGAAAACAAAUGCGUACUUUGUAGACAUGCAAGAUAAUGUUGCUUUUCAGUGUAUUGAAAGCUUUAGGGUCCAUGUUGAUUCAACAUCUUUGCCAGCAUAAGUAUUGUCUUGUUCUAAGAAAUACAAAUGUAUGUGGUCAUGAAA